AUGUUGUGCCGUCCUCGGCUUGUAACAGAAUUCGAGCAGUGGCUCGACUGUCGACCCGCGGGCUAUAUAGUCUUCAGCGACGGCUCCAAAACAGACAGUGACACGGCCGGAUACGGCUUCGCCGUAUUCUACCAUGGACAACUUCUGGAUUGGGGUUCCGGACAGCUGGGACGACGAGAAGUAUUCGACGCCGAAGUACACGGCGCGCUUGCUGGACUGAAAGCGGCCAUGCAACAGAACAGCCGUCUCGAGCCGAUCACAGUCUGCAUGGACAACACGUUCGUGGUCGACUGGAUCUGCCCGAAGCAUGCCAGUUUCAUGAUACCAUUCCUUAUAUAG